GGGCUUCUCUGUCAAUGGUUUUGCCUUAUUUGAAAAGUUGCUGUGUACAACAGGUAACAAUUGAAUGAUUUCAUUAGUCAAUUUCUCUGUUUCUCUUUCUCUAUAAUAAGUAUGGUGUUUCUCUUUUGUUUGCUUUUUCAUUUGGACAAGAUUAACUAUUAGUUUAUUCGUACGGUAUUUGAAACAAUACUGCCACUAUCCAUUCUGCGCCCUAUACACCCCAUACGCCCUAUACGCCCUUGGACGAUAUAAUAAACUCAAACUUUUGCCUCGCACAUCAAGCACAUAAAGAUUCCGAAAGUACCUAUCCGAAGAACCUCAGAUGUCAUACACUGAUUCUCGCGGAUACACAUACACACAAAGAACUACCAUCACUCAUCACCGGGAAUCUUCUUCAAAAGCUUCACAAUACUCGUACGAAACUCGUUCAUCCGAUUAUUACACCGGAUCAAACUCAAAUAUGUCGGGACGUUCAUCAAGCAGUGGGCAAGGUUAUGGAUCUAGAGGAAGUGGUGGAGAACAAAGUGUGAAAUAUAGAGAUUCUGCUGCAGAAAAAAAAUAUAUCGAAGGAAAAACAUCAAGAAGUGGACACAACCAUGUCAUCAACCAUGGAGAUAGUCAUAAACAUUAUGAUUCUGCAGAACCGAGGGCAGGUGAAGGUAGAGAGCAUGAUUAUCAUCCAGCACGCCAUGAACGAUCUGAAAGAGAUAAAUUGCGAACAUUAGCAAACCGACGUUAAAUAAAAUACGGCGGACAAGUAGCGAUUUGGUGUGAGGCGGAGAAACGGGGACUAAACGAAGCCAGAGUGAAGGCUACAAAGCGGAAUUGUCUUUUGGGGAGUAAGAUCAUUUGUUGAAUUGUAUUGGAGGGAUAGUGUGAGGAUUUAUUAUGAUUUGUACCUUUGGUAUCAAUGGGGAUACUGCUUCUUCAUUUGGUAUAUGUAUAGGCAUGGGAAUAAGCAUAGAUGGCGCUAGGGAAGAUUUGAAUGGACACAGUUUAUGGAUGGAAUUCUAGGAUUGCGGGGUAUUUUUAGGAGUUUGGGAUGGGAUUUAUGGGAUAAGAUGGAUUAGAUAGGAUGGGAUAAGACAGGUUACACUCAAGUGUUUUUUAGGGAUAGAAUGGAGACUCGGGGAAUAGAGAUGUUUAUAUAUUGGACAGGUCAACAAUCACAAUAAGUCUACUUUA